CCUGUGCCGAAUUUUUUUGGGGGUCGUCACUCUAUCAAGCUACAUUUGUGGAAGCAAACUCGUAUUCUGAAUUCAAAAGCUGGAACGAAGUUCAAGUUUUGUGUCAGCAAACGGACUGUCAACUUGUGAGCAUUACGACUUUAGAUGAAAACAAUGCAAUCCUCAAUUCCUUGGAAAACUGUACGUAUGGAGACUACGCCAUCGGAUUAUCACGCCAGAUGGGAAAGCCGAAAGGCAGUGCCAGCAGUUGGAACUGGGAAUCUGGUGAGACUGUGAACCUGCUAAACUGGGGUAAUUAUGAACCAAACCUUCAAGACAGUAAGUCCACAGGAGUGUACAUGACGACUCUGGAAUCCUAUGUAUCUGGCAAAUGGCACGACCUUGAGAAUACCGAGCGAAUAGGGUUAAAUACUGGUAGUCCUGGAUAUGGAUAUAUUUGUGAAAAAUCAGUGAUAA